CUCUACAUCUCCAUCUCGCCGAUAUCAGCUCAGCCUGCCUUUUUUGCAUCGCCUUACGAAUGCGCUGUUGAAUCAACUGUACUCUCUACGGGCGCCUCUUGGUUCUGUGGCCUCUAUCGCAAUCAUGACUCCUCCGAACCCACCUCGUAAGGUUUUGAUGGUCGUUACUGUGGGCGGCUACACUCACGCUGCCCCAGUUCUGGAACUGGGAAAGGUUCUUGCCCAGCGAGGCCACGUUGUUGACUUUGCAACUCUUGAAGGUCAAGAGUCAUGGACAAAAGGCUACGAGUACAUCAGUCAGCUUCACCUCAUGGGCCCCGGCCCUUCAGAUGAAGAACUCGAAGCUCAUUAUCUCCGCAUGCGAGAAUGGGACGCCUCAAAGGGCUUCGCUGGUGUCAUGGACUCCAAGUAUCUGUUUGACUCGUACUGGACACAAACUUAUCAGCAUCUGAAGCGUAUUGUCGAUGAUCCUGCCACAAAACCUGACAUGAUGGUCGCUGACUUUUUCGUCGACGCCGUCAAGGAUAUCCUGUACCAGUAUAACAUCCCCAUUGCCAUGGUGUAUCCUCAGAUGCCGGCUUUGAUGUGUCCUUGCUCUUACAUCCCCGGUCAGCCAGGGUUUCAGAUUGAAGGGACAUUGACCUCUGAGAAUGCUUCGAUGUGGCUGCGUUUCAGGAAUGAGCUUGUUAUUUACAAAGCGUUGCCUUCAAUCAUCAAAUGGGUCAAGUGGACCAAGAAAAUGAGACAAGAUGCUGGGGUGAACUACAAGCUACCAACUCCAAGCAAACCUAAUUACCUGGUCCUGAUCAACUCAUUCUUUGGGCUUGAGGUGCCAAAGGAUAUUCCGCCGCUGGUCCAAGCAGUUGGUCCUAUUCUUGCCGAUACUUAUCCUCCCCUCUCAGAGCCAUAUGAGUCUUUCUUGGAGAGCCAUAAGAAGACCUUAUACUUGGCUCUUGGUACCCAUAUCAUCCUGUCUAACGACCAUGCCGCUAAACUCGUCCAAGGACUAGUCGCUGCAAUGGACCAAGGUCUCAUUGAUGGAGUUAUUUGGUCCAUCUCUGAGGCUGCACGUCGAGAUGUUGAUGCCAGUCUUCACUUCACUGACAAAGGUGGCAAAGCUUUUACCUUUGCAUCCUUGUUCAAGGGUGAACACCCAUCCUUUCUCAUCACAACCUUUGCACCACAGCGUGCCAUUUUAGACCAUGAUCACACAGCUAUCUACCUAACCCACGGUGGUGGCUCCAGUGCCAACGAGGGCUUGUACCACGGGAAGCCGAUGCUGGCCAUGGGCUUCUUCUUUGAUCAGAUUUCUAACGUACCCCGCCUUGUCGCAAGUGGAACCUCUGAAGCCCUUGACAAAUUCCGCUUCACUCCAGAAGAAGUCUGCCAAAAGAUCAAGUUGCUAUCCGAGGACAAGGAUGGAUCAUAUCAACGAAAUUGCAUACGAAUGCAGCGCAUCGCCAGAGCCGCAUCACGCCGUAAGGAACUAGGUGCAGAUCUCAUCGAAGAGGUCAUGUACGAUACUGAAGGACGCUUUGAUGGCAAGAAGGAACUGCGACCGAUGCAUUUGCAGACAGCUGAUAUGCGGAUGUCACAGUUCAAGGCUAAGAACUGGGAUCUAUGGCUUGUUGGGUUGUUUACUCUCGGGCUUGUGCCUUUGGCUUCUAUUACCAUUGGGAAGUGGGCUUGGACAGAGAAGAGGGCUAUUGGUGACUGGGCGGGGGAAACUGUGAAGAAGUGGAUGGGCUGAUUACAAAUAGUAUGCCGAGAAGUAUUAGGUUCUAGUAUUUAAAUAUUUAAACUGAAUGAAUGGUGGCCCAUGGUCUCCUCAUCACCGCCGUAGACC